AUGCCGGACCUGCCGUGCGACGGGGACGGGGUGUGCAUGGUGUGCCGGGCCGCGGCGCCGCCGGAGGUCGAGCUGCUGCGGUGCGCCACCUGCGCCACGCCCUGGCACUCGCCCUGCCUCUCCAAGCCGCCCGCGCUCGCCGACGCCGCCGCCUGGGCCUGCCCCGACUGCUCCGGCGAGGACGCCUCCCCCUCAGCGGCCCCCGCCCCCGCCCCCACCGCCGCGCCCGGGGGCGCCGGCGGGGGGUCCGGCCUCCUCGCCGCCAUCCGCGAGAUCGAGGCGGACGCCUCCCUCACCGAGCAGGAGAAGGCCAAGCGCCGCCAGGAGCUGCUCGGCGGCAAGACCGCCGUCGCCGGCGAUGACGACGAGGAUGAGGAGGAGCAGGACGAGGACAACGCGCUCGAGAUCGUCGGCAAGAACUUCAGCUGCGUCUUCUGCAUGAAGCUCCCCGAGCGCCCCGUCACCGAGACACCGUGUGGCCACAACUUCUGUUUGAAAUGCUUUGAGAAGUGGGUUAACAGUGGAAAAAGGACCUGUGGAAAAUGCCGGGGACCAAUCCCAUCCAAAAUGGCUUCGCAGCCAAGGAUUAAUGCAGCGUUGGUUGCGGUUAUCCGUAUGGCUAGGACUGCAAAGAAUGCUAGUGCAGGUGGCUCUGGAAAUCCUGUUCAUUACAUAAGAAAUGAGGCUAGACCCGACAAGGCUUUCACAACUGACAGAGCAAAGAAGGCUGGGAAAGCUAAUGCUUCAAGUGGCCAGAUCUUUGUGACCAUUGCACCUGAUCAUUUUGGCCCCAUUCCAGCAGAAAACGACCCCAAAAGGCGUCUUGGUGUGUUAGUCGGGGAAACCUGGGAAGACCGCCUUGAGUGCAGGCAGUGGGGUGCUCAUUUCCCUCAUGUUGCUGGUAUUGCUGGCCAGUCAGAACAUGGUGCCCAGUCAGUGGCGCUGUCAGGUGGUUACAUAGAUGAUGAGGACCAUGGGGAGUGGUUCCUGUAUACUGGAAGUGGUGGAAGAGACCUAAGUGGGAACAAGCGAACAAACAAGGAGCAAUCUUCUGAUCAGAAAUUUGACAAGAUGAAUGCUGCUCUGCGUCUUAGUUGCAAGAAGGGUUACCCUGUCAGGGUUGUGCGGUCCCACAAAGAGAAGCGUUCUUCAUAUGCUCCUGAAACUGGUGUGCGUUAUGAUGGAGUCUACAGGAUUGAGAAAUGCUGGAGGAAGAUUGGUGUUCAGGGUACAUACAAGGUCUGCAGGUACCUCUUUGUACGAUGCGACAAUGAACCAGCUCCAUGGACCAGUGAUCUUCAUGGUGACCGGCCAAGGCCACUGCCCAGGAUUAAGGAGCUGCAAGGUGCUACUGACAUCACUGAACGGGCAGGAUCCCCCUCCUGGGACUAUGUUGAAAAUGAAGGCUGGAAGUGGGUGAAGCCUCCACCAAUCAGCAAGAAGCCCGCCCAGUCAGGCGAUCCUGAAACUGACAAGCAAUUCAGGAAAUACCAGAAGCGUGCUCAUAUGUCUAUGAAUGAGAGGCUGUUGAAGGAGUUUGGCUGCUCCAUUUGCAAGAAUUUGAUGAAGGAACCACUUACUACUCCCUGUGGUCAUAACUUCUGCAAAGCUUGUUUGACCGCUGCAUUUGGUGACGAGGGUUCUAUGAGGGAAAGAAGCAGGGGCGGGCGCACUCUGCGGGCACAGAAGAUUGUGAAGAACUGCCCCUCCUGCCCAACUGAUAUUUGCGACUUCCUGGAGAACCCACAGAUUAACAUAGAGAUGAAGGAUCUGAUUGACAAUCUGCUUGCCAAGGCUGCCAAGGAGAAGCCAGACGCGGAGGGAUCUGCUGAGGAAAAUGAUGAUGAUGAGGAUGCUCUGGAGAAGGAAGAGGAGGAUGACAGCAGCCUGAACGAGGAAGAGAAUGAUGAUGGUGCUGAGAACAAGGCUGGAGAAGAGGAUGCUGUCGUCACAAUCGUGGUUGAGGCCAAGGAUGAGCUGAAGAAGCCUCUGAGGCGCAAGGGAGCUGAGGAGGAGGCCAAAGAUGAGAAGAAGAUCAAGACCACUGCUGGUGCUCCUGAUGUGGAAAAUGCAGCUGAAGAAGACGCCGAGAUGGUUGAAAAGGAGGAAGAAGAAGGUUCCCAGAAGGCUCAGAAGAAGCGCAAGGGGCGUGCUGGGACCGCAGCUGGCGGCGGUAAGAGGAAGAGGGCCAGCCCUGCUGCUGCUGAAGAGAAGGCCGCCGCAGCUGGUGGCGGUAAGAGGAAGAAGGCAAGCCCUGCUGCAGCUGAAGAGACCCCUGCUGCUGCAAGCACCCCUCGCCGGGCGACCAGGAGUGGCGGUGUGGUGGUGGCUGGUGGGAGCCCUGCUUCCAGGACCAGGAGCAACACCAAGGCCGACAACUGA